AUGCAACCCGAGCAGAAGCAGAGCGGCUUCUUUUUCAACUUCCGCAAGAGCGCGCUGGCAGCCACGCAGCGGUUGCUGGGCUUUGAGGCGACGACGGGCAACGGUGCGACCCAUGCAAACGGAAGCUUCGGCAGCGACGGCAGCGACGGCAGUGAUCGCUUGUUGCGCGACGGGGAGGUCUUGCACUUGAACGAGACCGAGCACGACAUUGUGCUGCCAACAGGCUCGCGCCCGCGUUCGCUGUCCAUGUCGUCGACAGCGUCAAGCAACGCACACGAGCUGAUGGACGACCACCAUCACCCGCACGGCCCGACCGAAAUGAACAUUGUGGACGGCGGGUCGCGCCUGCCGCUGUCGCAAACGUCCAGCCAUCGUCCUUACGCUCGUCCACUCCCGCAGCAGCAACAGCAGCAUUCACCCCUCAACACGACGGGCGACGUCAGCUUUGCGCUGCCUCAGCCGUCCGCAACGAGUCCGGAGGCUCGUGCGCUGGCGCAGACACUCGACACCCACUUCAAGUCGCUCACGCCGCAAGAGUUUGACACAAUCACCAACAUUCUUCGCCGCAACGUCGCCACGGACAGCGCCGCUGGUGCUGCAGCUGCAGCCGAAGCCAGCCGCCGGCCUCUCGACUUUUUGGGCGAACCGUCAUUCACCACCACCGUGGUACCCGCUCGCCGCACGCUCACGCCUGCACCGUCGGCCCUGCGCUCCCACGCUCUGGACCAAAGCAGUCUCGCGGGCACUCCCCUGGGCCGUGCUCGCGUGUAUGGCGCGGCAGCCAACACAUCCAUUCUGCAACAGGCUGCCAGCUCUCCCUUGUCCUUGGCAUUGCAAAACCGCACCGGCCGUGCGUCCGUCAUGUCGACCCCAUUGUCCGAUUCCAUCAGCGCCGUGGAUCCCAUGAUUGAUGAGCAGAUCAGGGCGCGUGUUGCCAUCCCUGGCGCACUGCCCCGCACACUGGUCUCGCGAUCGACAACGACAUCGCCAAUGCCCCUGUCGAUUCGCGGAGUUCGUACCGUUCGGAGAAUUCCCCGCACCUCCGUGCAAUCCCAGUCACAAAUGUUGACCCUUGAAGGGCCGGUCGAUGUGCAGCCGACAAAGCGCCGGUAUUCCGACGACGACGACGACAGGGACGAUGAUGCCCCUGCUGCCGCGGCCUCUUCUUCCACCCGACAGAAUGACGCUGCAGCACCUGCCUCCAAACGUGUGGCCAUGACUUCUUCGGAGGAUGCCAACAAGGCCACCGCCGCGUCCUCGACAUCAACCCCAACCAAGCCAGCUGCCACCGCAUCCGCCUCACCCAGCAGCGGUGGCCGUCGGUACUAUGGUGCCCCUGACGACGUCGACAGCCUUCCCGCGACUCCGAUGGUCACGGCAGUUGCCAAGCCCGUCGGUGGUACCACCGCUUUGCCUAGCAUUCCCAAGCUGCCGAGCGCCGUUCCUUCUUCUGCUCCCUCCGCUGUCGUUGCAGCUGCACCUGCGACCUCCGCAGCACCUGCUGUCAACCCUCUGGACAAGUUCAAGCUUGGCAGCCAAUGGGAGUGCCCCGGUUGCAUGAUUCGCAACAACGCAGAUCUUACCAAGUGUGUUGCAUGCAGCACAGCCAAGCCAGGCAGUGCUCCCGCUGCAGCAACGUCUUCGACAGCAACAGCAGCACCCAAGCCUAUUGCAGCGAUGCCGACGUUCAAGCCACCAACAGGCCUCACCACUGCUGCUGCCCCUGCUGCCCCUGCUGCUGCAACCCCCUCAGCCUCUGCAGCAGCUGCUCCCGCUAGCGCGGCACCUUCCGUGAAUCCGCUUGACAAGUUCAAGCUGGGUAACCAAUGGGAGUGCCCUGGUUGCAUGAUCCGAAAUAACGCAGACCUCACCAAGUGUGUUGCAUGCAGCACAGCCAAGCCAGGCAGUGCUCCUGCUGCAGCAGCUGCGGCACCUUCGACAGCAGCCGCACCCAAGUCCAUCACAGCGAUGCCAACGUUCAAGCCACUAACAGGCGCACCCGCCGCCGCCGCUGCUGGCGCACCUGCAGCUGCACCCGGCCUCCCAGCAAUGUUUGCUUUCAAGCCACCAGGUGGUGCCCCGGCGUUGCCGGCGUUGGCUUCGAUCGCUCCGGCUGCGUCUGCUCCGGCUGCUCCUGCCGCUGCUCCCGCCACCGCAACACCCGCUGCGGCUCCGGCCGAUGCCAUCGCAGCAGUGCUCGCUCGCCAAAAAGCCGCCAAUGCCGACAAAUGGAAGUGCGCCGAUUGCGAAUGCAUGUCAGAUAACUCUGUUUCCAAAUGCUCCGUCUGCGGUAAGAGCAAACCAGGCGCCGCCGCCGCCGCAGCUCCAGCAACUGCCGCCCCAGGUGCCCCCCUACCCAUUCCGUCGUUUGGCAAGCUGGGCGACGCCCCCAAGCCUGCUACGACCGCCAUGCCGGCAUUCAAACUGCCACCACUCGCCAGUCUUGCGCCCACCGGUGCAGCAACAUCGAGUGACGCACCCAAGCCCGCGUUCAAGAUGCCAGCAUUCGGCGGUGCCGCACCCACUGGUGACAAGCCUUUGUUUGCCUUUGGUGCCAAGCCAGCUGCUGCUCCUGGUGCUGUUGUUGCUGCUCCUGCCGCUGCUCCUGCCGCCGUCUCUGCUCCGAUCAAACCAGCAUCCGAAUCCGCCAAAGCGGACGAUGAGGUCGAGAGCGUCGACAGCGGUAGCGAGGACGACGACGAAGGUGAAAGCAAUGGCGAAGAGACUGAAAACAAGGACGACGGCGACAGCGAUGGUGAAGCUAGCGACGAGGAAGAGCCAGCCAAGCCUCCAGCAAAGCCAGCCUUCUCCUUUGCCGCGCUUCCCGCCUUUCAGCAAGCUGCUGGCGCGCUGUCCAAGCUUGGGUCUUCUCAGCCUGCCCCUGCUGUUGCUGCCGGCCCGGUGGCUGCUGGACCCGGCGCGACUGCUGCCGCUCGCCCAUUGUUUGUUUUCGGCGGUGCUCCUUCCGCAGCCGCAUCGUCAACCCCGGCGGCCACAGCUGCACCUCCCGCCGCCGCGCCCGCUGCCGCGCUCUCAGGGGCGCCUCGUCCGUUCACCUUUGGCAAGCCUGCAGUUGCUGCCGCUCCGGCCGCGCUACCAACGCUUCCUGCGCCCCUCGCUGCUGCCGCUGCCCCGGUCUCUGCGCCCCCCAAGACGCUUGCAACAGGAGCCCCCGCUUUGCCAGCUGCGCUGCCCGCGUUCGGUGGCCUGACUGGCUUGCCUGCGAUGAAGCCUGUUGCUCCUGCUGCCGCUGCCGCCGCACCUGGCGCCAGUCCGUUUGCUAGUCUCCUGGCUGGUGCUUCGGCUGGAAUGCCCGCUGCGCCCAUUGCUGCCGCUGCUACGCCUGCCGCACCCGCUGGUGGUUUCUCGGCCGCACCACUGGGCGCCAAGCCAGCGGCGCCAUUCGUGUUUGGCGCUGCUAAGCCCGCCUCGCCGGCUGUUGGCGGUGCUGGCGGUUUCCCCGGCGCCACGCCCGGCGGAUUUGCAGCGCCUGCUGCUGCUUCCGCAGCUGCUGCACCUGUAGCAACGCCAGGAGGUUUCCCUGGCGCUGGCGCAGCUCCCGCAAGUUCUGCCCCUCGUCCGUUUGUUUUCGGAGGCGCUGCUGCCGCUGCUGCCCCGGUUGUUGCUUCUGGCUUCCCUGGAGCCGCAGGCGGGCCCAGUCGCCCAGUGUUUGGAGCGGCUGCUCCUGCAAUUCCCGCUGCUUCAGGCUCUCCUGCGCCGUUUGUUUUUGGCAAUUCUGCUGCUCCAGUUGCGCAAGCCCCCGGCGCAAAUCCUGGUGGCUUCCGAUUUGGCGCAACCCCUUCUCCCGCGCCUGUGCUCGGCGAGGCGAUGAAUGCCGCGAUGAUGCAGCAAGCACGCCCCCAGGCCCAGACUGGCUUCACAUUUGGCGGCGCUGGUGCCAACCAGCCAGCUCCUUCUGGUCCGCGUCCGUUCACGUUUGGCAACAAACCAGCCGGCACCGCUGGCGCUCCUCCUGCAGGCUCCGCGACACCCGUUUUCCGAUUCGGCGCACCGGCUCCAGCUGCUGCUGGUGGCGCUGCAGCUGGUUCUUUUGGCGGAUUUAACACAGGAGGCGCUGGCGCCGCUGCCCCCUCUGGCGGCGGUUUUAGCAUGGGUUCGACCCGCACAAUCGCCAAAGCUCGUGGCCGCAAGUGA